ACCGCUGCGAAAAUUCGCGCCGGUGACGUCGAAAAUCGACACCGACACUGCUGAGAAAAAAGGUGAAUGAACAAAUGACUUUUCUUUAGUUGUCCAGUCAUCGUUCAUUUUACCAUUAUCGCCGGAAAAUUUGGAAGCUUGCACACGAAUAAUUACAGAUGAACUGGAGCCGAACAAAGACUCGCCGCCGACGAAGAUAUCUCCUGAUGCGAACGAACAAUCGAGAAGGCUCACGCAACGCAUGCGAGAUCUGUACGACUUCAAAACGGAGAACGAGUGGCCAAAGAGAGCGACGAAUGCUCGACAUGGUAACUCGUGGAUCAGUAAAAGCAGCAGCGAGGAGGAUAAGAAUUGUCAACCGGGUCGCAGGAACAGCCAAGACUUGGAGUUCAACGAUAGAAUGAACAUAAUCAAGCUGAAAGAAACGAAGAUGCAGUCGAAUCAUCAGAAACCCAAAGAAGCACCGAAGAAAGAGAAGCAAACGGAAGGCAAGGACGUUUUCAACAGCGAGUACGAGGAACGUCUGAGAAAAUUCAACGAGAGGCUGAGAUACAGCGAAGAUCUGGGUGUAGUGAAACCGAAGAUCAAGGAGAGACGAACCUAUUCCGACGACUACGACGAGAAAGUUCGUCGAGCAUCGACUCGAUCAACUCGUACAGAAGGUUCUGUACGAUCGACACGCACGGAAGGUUCGGUAAAAUCGACGCGUACAGCAGGAUCUAUAAGAUCGACGCGAUCGGCACGUGCAGAAAGUACGCAGGAAACUCGCACCGAGAAUAAGAGACCUUCUGACGCUAGCAGUAAAUCGAGAGGAAGCUACGCUGAAGUGAAUCCUGUGACUCCAACGAAGAGGGAUUCGCGUACGAGCGAUGCCAGUUACGCGAGUGUCGGCAAUUAUUCUGAGAAAAGAGCGAGCGUAGACUGCAAGAGCACGAGACAAAUGGUGGAGCUUCCGCCGCGAAGGGCUUUCAGUCAGACAGAGGAGAGACCGGCAACGCCAGUUCCGCCCGUCGAAUGGAACGACGAUCGUUACGCGGCUGAUCGUCUGAAGCAGAUCUCCGAACGCCAGAAGAGGGACAGUACCAGAUACAAAGUGUACCUGACGUAAAAAAAAAAGAAAAAGAAAACACACACGCGACUAAUAAGUGUUCAUAAAUGCUUCGUCGAUGUAAAGAGGAACAACAGCGUUCUCGUAGAAAUUCCGGAUUUCAGAGUGAAUUUUCUUCGACACCUGGACUGUGUUUCGAGAGAAUGAUCGUAAGAGAAUAAGAAAUACAUACGUGGAGUUUUUGAUAAUAAUUUUCGUUCGAUGAUUUAUUUCGUCGGUUUCGUCAUCGUUAGUAAGGCAGUUAUUCCAAUCAAAGUGUUUUACACGUAGUCGUUGAAAGUUCACACGCACCCUUUUGCCACCGUUCAGUGUCAAACUUUUUGAAUAUGUGUGUCGUACACGCGCCGGCGAUGGAAUUUUAUAUAUGAAUAUCGGGGGUUCUUGUACAAUUUGUGGCGACGUUGCUCAACCGUACACGACUGUCCAAUUACAACUCUGAAAGGUGCACACAGACGUCGGUGUCUUUCAUGUAGUUUGAUGAAAUGGUUUAUAAAUCUUGAAUAGAAAAUUGAUUUUCGAUAGUUAGCACACGAUGGGUUCAAGGAGACGUCAACAUCACGCCACGUACGGUUGCAACUGACACGUAAAUUACAAAAAGAAAAAACAAACAAACAGAAGUA